UUUAGGUGACUCACUUCCAGCAAGUUCGAAUAGUAUGUCUUCGUCAGUAACAGUGACACAAGGGCACGUAAUGACUCUACCCUAUAAGGAACUCAAUCCCGACCCUUCUGAAACACCUAGUGCCAUCUUCAUCGCGAUUCCUAUUGUUGCACUCAUUGCACUCAUAGUAUUAAUAUGUGUACUGUUCCGUUGGUGGUGCCGCAAGUACAAAGGAGAAAAGUCCUUCACAAAGUGCUCCAGUUCGGACAAAAUACCUGACACAAAAGUUCCAAGUGCCCCAGGUUCUUCGGACAGCCCAAGAUCCACACCCUGCGUCCAAUUGCUGCUUCCAGAGAGGGUCCUAUAUACAACACAACCAUCAGACAUCUUGCAAAGAUCCUCCACCACUUGCUAGGAAACACCAAGCAUUACAUCAAGAACUCCGACCAGUUUGCGGCAUUCAUCCAAGACCUCACCCUCCAGCUGGACGACAUCAUGGUCAGCUUUGAUGUCGUCUCCCUCUUCACCAGCAUUCCCACCUCAGACGCCUGCACCAUCGCCAAGGACAGACCUCAAGCAGACACCACUCUCCAAGACCGCACCGACCUCACCCCUGACCAGCUUCAAGAUCUGCUCCUCACAUGUGUCAACUCAUCCAGCUUCUGAUGGCGGGACAAAUUCUUCGAACAGUCGGCUGGAACCUUCAUGGGAUCUCCUGUAUCCCCGCGGUUCUGGUUGACUUGUUCAUGAAAGAAUUUGAACAGACCGCCAUCGCAACAGCAGAUCACCAACCCAAGGCUUGGCUCUGGUACGUGGACGACACCUUCGUCAUCUGGCAACAUGGGCAAGACAACCUCCAGCUCUUCUUAAAACGCCUCAACAAGCUUCACAGCAGCAUCCAGUUCACCAUGGAACAAAAAAGAGAUGGCAGCAUCUCAUUUCUUGACGUUGAGGUGUCCAGAAAGCCAGACGGAAGUCUUGCUCGCAGUACGGACAGAUACCUGCACAGCAACUCUUUCCACCACCCAAGAAUCAAGUCCUCCGUCAACCGAGCCCUCGUCCGCUUCCCCGUGGUUUUAGUACAUGUAUUUGUCUUUGAUGAUCUCCUCAUAUGAAAGAAUAAUAAGAACAAAAACUACCACUUACAGAUAUAGUUUUAUAGUUAUAGUUUUAAACACCAAAAGAAGGGGGGGGGGGAUGUCCACAACCUUGUUUACGUGUUUAUUAUGGCGAACCGAUAUGUACGUGAAGUAAGUGGUGAUCGACCUCUUGUAGCGUCACCACGACCAGGUCAGCAAAUUACACGGGUGAGGGCUCCUUUCAUUUCUUUUGUCCCUAAAUUCAUUAAGUCGGCAUAGUAGCUAGGUUUGAGGGUAUUCUUUAUUGUUCACCGAUCAUGUAGAUGGGCUUUGGUGAAAGCUUGUGGAAAGGGUCAAACAAGAGUGUUUCUUUUGGGCUACUUUGGGUUCUAAUUUCAGCGUGCGCACUGCAUACUUUACAUGUAUUUUGUCAUGUGGAGCACAGUAGGCUGAACGUACUAUACUAUGUAAUGUACUAUAUUAUACGAUACUUUAUGAACGUACUAUACUAUGUAAUAAUUUGUAUCCGUGGGCAUAUAUUAUACGCGUACAGUCAUGACGAGAUUCAUUGUCUAUACUCUAUUCAAUUCGGUGUUCAAUUUAGUGUUGCUCUGGCUUGGUAUUACCAAGCCAGUAUUUUAUGGACCGACUUAAGUAUUUUAUGGACCAACUGUUAUAUUCAGUUGGGUCAUUUGCAUGCUCCCCCC